AUGCAAAAAUAUUGUAAUGCUUAUGCAUAUCAAUAUAUGGUAAAAAAAGACAUUAUUGCUCCAGAUAAACAAAUAAUUUUACAAGAAGCAAGAAUUUCUUGGAAAACUAUCAAAGUUCAAGAUUAA